AUGGCCGGCGCCGAAGGGCUUCCCGACGACCUCCUCGGGGCGAUCUACCACCGCUGCUCCUCGCCGUACAACCGCGCGCGCUUCGCUGCUGUCUGCAGGUCGUGGCGCGCCGCUGCGUUGGCAUGGCGCACGCCGCUGCCAGCUCUCCCACUGCUCCUCCCAAUGACGGGCAACGGCCAGUGCGACCGGAUGGCUCGGGCAUACAGCCCUGAGGAUGGCAGGGUCCUGGGCGCUCCGCUGCCAUACUUCCCGUAUGGCAAGAGGAUCGUGGGGUGCCAUGACGGCGGCUGGGUUGCCGCCACCAUUGGCUGCAGGGUUGUGGUCGUGAACCUCUUCACUCGUGCCCGGUUGAUGCAAAGGGACUUCAGAUGUAGAUGCCCAACCGCUCCAGGAAGGACCGACAAAAUCUCCCUCGACAAAGUCGUCUUCUCGGAUGACCCUGCCACAGAAGGCUGUAUCAUGGCCGCGAUAACGAGCAAGUGUACAAUACUGCUCUGCAGGCUUGACUGUAAGGGCGCCAAUGGGUGGAGCACAGGAGGAUGCGGCACGGCCAACAUUCCGAACCCUGUAGACAUCACCUUCUACAACGGAGAGCUCUACGGCCUCUCGUAUGCUGGAUUUUUACACAGGUUCACCAUCGACCGAAACAAGUAUGACCCUUACGUGGUCAAUUGGCACUGUGUCCAACAAGUAACCACGGAAAGGCCCAUCGGGCAUGGCGGCACCAAAUACAUCUUUGAGCUACGUGGCAACCUAGCCGUAGCAGUGCCAGUCAGCAUUUGCAAUGCUCAAACUUUUAAGGUGUUCGAGCUUGUCGCCUGUUGGGACAGUACAAAAGGGUCAUACUACACAUGGGUUGAGGUGACGAACUUGGGGGACCACGCCUUGUUCCUAGGGCCAGGAUGCUGCAAGGCGGUGCAUGUGUCAUCAAUGGGGGUCAUGCACGGUGUCGUACAAGCGAACCGUAUCUACUACUCAUGUCCCGGAAGCUGCGUGAACCAUUUUGCUACGUUGGAUCUAGGUAGUUGUAAAGUGUAUUGUUCAGGAAGUGACAACUUGCAAUACUCCGAUAGAAUUAUCUCAAAGGGAUACCAUUACUACACAUACGGUACUAGUUGGGAGAACAGUUGUACAUGGGUUCUCCCUCCAGACUUUUAG